AUGGCGCAUUACAACGCACCAAAGUUCUACGCUCAACUUGAGGACCGUUCUGUCCCCAAGUUUGCAGUUCUGGUGUGCAUGGCAUAUGGACUCGCUCUUGUUGUAUUCAUAGUGUUUGGCAUGUGCGGGUUCGCUCUCUUCGGCUACGAUGCGGAAGGGAACAUCUUGAAGAAUUAUGGUUUUGGUUCAGAGGUGAUGCUGGCCUGGCUUGGCAUGGGCUUCUCUGUGGCCUUCACAUACCCAUUGGUCUUCAGCGGUUUCCGGGACUCCUGUGUGUCCCUGCUGGGCGGCUGUGGCCUUUCUGGGGAGUCCAGUGGUUUCCGGUUGAGCUUCACCCUUUUCGCUGUUGCGGCCACAGUCUUGGGCGGAACUGUCUUCAGCAACGUAGCCCAGGUGAAUGGGGCAAAAGGUGCUGUGCUUAGCCCUUGCCUGGCUUUCAUCUACCCAGCCGCGAUCCACCUCAGGUCCACGUCCAGGGAGAAGCGGGAGAAAGUCAAUGCACCGCCUUCCCUGGUCGCUCUGCGACUCGGUAGCUACGGCCGCCUUGCCUUCGGAGUGCUUGCUUUGAUGGUGAUGUUUGCCUUACCAAAGACCGAUUUCUCGGAAUUGGCCAGCGCCUACCCUGCUGGGAUGUAG